AUAUUAUUCAAUUCGAUUUAUACCAAAAAUAAUUGAGGACACAACGGUUACUGGUUAGCUGUUGAAGAAAAGGUGAGUUGAUAGGCCCUGCAUUUACACGCAGAGGGCCAUGCAUGCACCAUCUAUCAUAUAACAAGUAACAACAAUAAUUGCUAUCACUAUUGUCUGAUGAUGAUUACUAUAGUCACCCAUAGACCUGCCCAACCAUGUCCAUUAAUGCUUUCUCCAUGUACCGCAUACCACACAACCUAUAUAUAACAAGGUUAAGUCGCCUCUUACCACAACACACAACUUCAGCUUUGAGGUAAAGCGUAAACUUUAAAAGAAAAACAGAACAGAGAUGGGUUUGGUCACAGAGGAGGUGAGAGCUAAGGCAGAGAAGUACACCGGAGAUGAGAUAUGCCGAGAGAAAACAAAAGUCUUCCUCAAGGAAAUAUCUAUGCCCAAUGGCUUACUACCGUUGAAGGACAUUGAAGAGGUUGGGUACGACAGAGAGUCAGGUGUUGUGUGGCUGAAGCAGAAACAGAGCAUCACCCACAAGUUCGAAACGAUCGAUAAGCUUGUCUCCUACGGAACCGAGGUCACUGCCGUUGUCCAGACGGGUAAGAUCAAGAAGCUCACUGGAGUCAAGGCCAAGGAGCUUCUCAUCUGGGUCAGUGUCAGUGAGAUCUAUACAGAGGAGAAAGAGAAGAUCACGUUCAAGUCACCAACCACACUGUCCAGGACUUUCCCUGUCCCAGCUUUUAUUGUCCCAGAGGAAGUGGAACCUGCCAAGGAAGAACCUGUCAAGGAGAAGAGCAGUGAAGCCGCCGAGGUUACGGAGGCUGUUGCAGUCAAGGAGGCCUAAUCAAGCCGAGAGUUAGUAGUGUUUCUCACUGCUCUUACGCUCAUGUAUUACCUACCACUCGUUUCUGCUUCUUUUACUACCUGUAAUAAGAUGUCACCAACAUCCUCCUGUUAUACAAAAAAAUACCGAAAUUAUCUAUAAACUACAUUAAAGCUGGUUA